UUUACCGAUCUGUGAGAUAACCUCCAAAUUCUGGCACGAAAUCACAAGUACCAAUGAAUAUUUGUGUUGUUUUUUCGCGUAAAACGCAUAAGUUUCGCCCUAAUAAAGAAAUUAUUUGAUAAGAGGCGAUUCAGUGAGUGAAGCUAGUUACUAUGGGAUGUAGGACUGAACGGUGUAUUUAGUGAAUUUUGUGUGUAGUGACAGAGUUAUAGAUGUGUUACCAAUUUGUGAAGUAUGAACCCGGGCACAGACGACAGCAUGAGUGACGACGUGUUUGAGGACGAGCUGCGGGCGCCGGUCCGCCCCUCCCCGUCCCCCACCGGGUACAGGGACUACCGGCCCGAGACGCCCGUCCGACCGCCCGUGGACGAGGACAUACCCAUACAUAAGACAAUCCUGCUGGGCGACAGCGGCGUGGGCAAGACGUCGCUGCUGGUGCAGUUCGAGACCGGCAAGUUCCAGCCCGGGAACUUCUCAGCCACCGUGGGGAUCGGCUUCACGAAUAAAGUAGUUACUGUGGACAACAUCAAGGUGAAACUCCAGAUUUGGGACACGGCGGGACAAGAGCGGUUCCGUAGUGUGACCCACGCCUACUACAGGGAUGCCCACGCCCUGCUGCUGCUGUACGACGUGACGAACAAGACGAGCUUCGACAACAUCCGCGCGUGGCUCGGCGAGAUCAGAGAGUACGCUCAGGACGACGUCGUUAUCAUGUUGUUGGGGAACAAGUCAGACAGCGGUCUGGAGCGGGCGGUGCGGCGGGAGGAGGGGCAGCGGCUGGCGCGCGAGUACCAGGUGGCGUUCAUGGAGACGUCAGCCAAGACGGGGCUGAAUGUGGACGCGGCAUUCGCGCAUGUGGCGCGCUCUCUCGUCGCCAAGGCGAACCCCGUCGACAGCGGCCGCCUCGCCGUGCGCGCGCAGCCCGAACCCCAGCGCUCCUCGUGUCCGCCAUGUUUGUAAUUCCAAUUUUGAAUUUCUAUUCGGCCAGUUACAAAAUGGUUCGCCAUUUUUGUAAUUCCAAUUUUGAAUUUUUUGAAAAUUUUC